AUGAAGCAUAUAAAAGUGUUGCUCCAGAAAUUACAAAUUCACAGAGAAAAAGAAUUUGAAAAAGAUGUUAACCUAUUAUUUGAUAUGAAGAAAUAUAUAGAUUGUUUAACCACUAAAAUUCAAAAUAAUAAUAAUGAUAGUUGUAGUAUAAAUAAUAAUAAUAAUAAUAGUUAUAGUAGUAGUAAUAAAUGUAAUUCUGAGGAUAUGUCUAAAGAUUUCAUAAAUGCAAACCAAGAUAAUUUUUUGAAGAAGAAAAUUGAUUAUAAUAGUCCUAUUGAAUAUAUAGAAAAAUUAUAUAAAGAAAUUAAAGGUAGAACUCCUUUUGAAUAUGGUUAUUAUAAAAAUAUACUAAAUAAUUAUGAACAUAAUGAUUAUUAUAAUAAUAUAACAAACAAUAUAAAUGAUAUAAAUGAUAUAAAUGAUAUAAAUGAUAUAAAUAAUAUAAAUAAUAAUAAUAAUAAUGAUAAUAUAUUUCAUAAUAAUAUAAAAGAAAAAUGUGAAAAAUUAAUGAUUUUUUUUCAUAUGUAUUUAAUUAGAAAAUAUUGCGAAAAGAACUAUUAUGAAUGCCUACAUAAUAGAUUUAUACGUUCAUUAACUUAUAAUUAUUUAGAUAAAGAAAAUUUUUAUAAAUUUAUUGAUUCAGAUUUAUAUUUCUUAUUAUAUAGUUAUAUGCAUACAUUUGCAUACAUAUUAUUAAAAACUGAAAAACACAAUAUGUAUCUUAUGAAAUUAUGUAGUGAUAUAAUAUCAAAAACAUGUGAAGAAUUAAAUACACUAAGAAAAGAAGGAAGAGAUAAAAAAUGUAAUACAUAUUUAUAUGAUCAAGAAAAUCAGUUCACAUACAAUAAUAGUUUAAUUACAUAUGUUCAUUUUAUUUUAGAAUAUCUAAGUAAAAAUAAAAAUUAUAAUUCUUUAAAUAUAUUGUAUGGUAUAUAUUCAUGUGUCUAUGUUUUUUCAAAUAUAUAUUAUAGUUGCUCUUUAUCAUAUAAUAGCAAGAAAGUAGAACAGUAUAUGUUAAGAGAAAAUAUUAAAAGAAAGGAAAAAACGAUUCACUGUGAUCAUGUGAUGAAUUCUAAUCAAUAUGGAAGUGAUACAAAUGGUAUGACUACACAACCAAAAAAUGAUAGUUCCAGUGAUAAAUUUAGUGUUAUUCCAUCAGAUAGUAAUAAUAAUAAGAAGAAUAAUUAUGUGGAGGGGGAGGAUGAUACUUUUAGAUUAUAUUACAAAUAUAUAAACAAAUAUGCAAAUAAAGAAUACAUGAAACUGAAUGAAUUAUUAUUAUACUAUAUAUCUAAAGAAAAAGUCAUGGCACUUCUUAGAGAUAACAUUAAUUAUAAUGAUAUGAUAAAAGAUUUGAAUAUUGUUAGGUAUGCUACUUAUUUAGAGAUAUAUUUUUUUAAAGAAAUUCUUAGAAAUAAUAUAAAUAAAGAACAGCAUAGUGAUAUAUUAUUUAAAGAUAUAAGAAUGAAUAUAUUUAAAAGUAUAUGCAAUAAUUCUGAAAAAUCACCUUUGUAUAUAGAAUUAAAUGAUGAAGAUAAAAAGGAAUGUUAUCAAAUUAUAAAAACAAAAUGGUUAAAUGAAAAUAAAAGUAAAUGUAUAUAUCAAAAUUUGGUUGAUAAAAAUAUAGAAACACAAGAUCAUAUGAAUAAAUCACAGAAAAAAGGAGGUGUCUGUCCCUUUGCUCAUAGUAUGAAUAAUGAAAAGAAAGAAAAUAACAAUGAUAAUAAUACAGCAUCUGUAAAUUAUCAUAAUUAUCACAAUUAUCACAAUUAUCACAAUUAUCAUAAUUAUCAUAAUUAUCAUAACACUUAUGAGAUGAGUAUUUGUCCAAGGAAGAAUAAGAAUUCUUUUAUUCAUCCACAAUAUGAACACCUUUUUUUUGAAAAGACCCAAUAUAACAUAGAUGAUGCAUUUUUUAAAAAAUCUAUUAAUACUACAAAUACAUUAGAAGGAUAUGAAAAUAAAAAUAUAACAACUAAUAAUUAUAAAAACAAAUAUAGUAGUGGUUGUCAUGGAAAUGUGUAUAAUGUUAAUUACAAUUUGAGUGACGAGGAAAAAGAAAAAAAAAAAAAUUUUUUAAAUCUUUUAAAUAAUAAUGAUAAUAUGAUAAAUGAUAAUAUAAAUAAUUUAAAAUGUAUAGAUGAAUUUUAUCAUAUAUCUAUCGAUUUUGAUAAAACUAUUAUCAAAAAAGAUUCAUAUUCUUUUUUUUUUAAAUUAUUAGGAAAAUAUUAUAAUAUAAAGAAACCAAAAGAUGUUGAAUUAAGCCAAGAAGAAAUAAAUUUUUUUGAAAAUAUUAAUAUUGAAAAUAUGCAUAAAGAAAAAAAGAAAGAUUACACAAAUGAAGAAAGAAUAAAAUAUCUUUAUAAAAUAUGUAAAUGGUAUUUUAUAAGAGAAAAUGAAUUAUUCGAAGAAUUACAAGCAAAACAAGAUAUAUCUGAAGUAAAUAGUGAUUCUUAUUAUUAUUAUUUAAAAAAAUUUGAUAAAGUAAAUAUUAUACAUUCAGCACUUAUUUCUUAUUAUGAUAUAUUAAAAGAUGUAGAUAUAAAUACUAUUAAUUGUUUAAUAUAUGAUUAUUAUGAAAACUUCCAGUUGAAUGAAUAUUUCCUUGAUGUAUUCCUUAGAUUUAUACAAUAUAAACAACAGAAUAAUAAUAACUUUUAUUUUGAUGUAAUUACUUUAAAUUUUAAGAAGCAAAUUGUUCUAUAUACCCUUCAAAAUAAUAUAAUGAAAUUAGAAAAUGAGAACGAUCUUAAUGUAAACACAAGUAUAUGUAAUGAUAAUAAUAAUGAUGAUAUUAAUAAUAAUAAUAAUAAUAAGGAUAACCAUUAUGAUAAGGUGAAACAUAAAUAUUAUCAAACCUUUAAAAAAUAUUUCAAUGUUUAUUAUUCAAAAAUGUAUUCAUAUGAUAAAGUGAAGAAAGUAUAUACAGGUGGAUUUAAAUAUGAUAUGCUUAAAAUAAAACAUAAAAAUUAUAAUUGUUCAUCUGAUAUAAUUGAUUAUGUAACAAUAUUAUCAUUAUUUGAUAAAACAGUAAUUAGGAAAAAGGUUAGUAAAGUAAUAAAAAAUACAAAUCAUAAAUUAUCAUGUUUUAUAGGAGAUAGCAUAAUAGAUUUAGAUGCAAUGUUAAGUACAGAUAUACCUAUACUCCUAGGAUCAAAUAAAUUAGUUUUAACUUUUUGUCAAAAACAUAAUAUAAUAAUAAAACCGUUAAUAUUUGCAGCAGCCAAAAUUGAGUACCUCAAAAUGAAAAGAAAUCAAACAGAAAGCAAAAAUAAUACCAACGAUGAAGGAACUGAAAAUAUAAAUAAUAAUGAACAGAAUAAAUUCAAGUCCAUUACUGACGAGCGUGAAAAAGAAUUAAAUGAAAUUUAUGAUGAAAAUAAAAAAGUUAUUUAUGCAACGGAGAGUUGGCUGGAAAUAGGUACCUUCUUUUUUGGAACGAUGUAA